CGGGGCGAGGGGGCGGUGCGGCCGGCAGUCGUCGUCCGACGCUUGGAGAGUGAGCACGAGCGCGCGCUACAGUGACGAGAGUGCAGUGUUAGUGUCACAGUGAGCUGGUGCACCGAGCGGCAUGCGAGAGGCGCGCGCCAGGCGGCGCCGCGCGCUGCGCUGACCCAAUGCUGUGUGCGCGCGCGCGGCGUCGGCCGCUGCUGCUCGCCCUCGCCCUCGCCUGUUUGCUGCCAAGCGUGGCGGGGGCGGGCGUGUUCGAGCUGCAGAUCCUGGAGUUCAGCAACUAUCGGCUGGAGCGCGCGGCGGGCGGCUGCUGCGGCGGCGCGCCGCGCUCCCUCACCCAGCGCUGCGCCGCGCCCUGCCGCACGCGUUUCGAGCUCUGUCUCAAGGAGUACCAAUCAGCGGCGGCGCCGGGCGCGUGCUCGUUCGGGCGCGCGGCGUCGCCUGCGCUCGGCACAGACUCCUUCACGCUCGCCGAGCCGCUCUACACGCUCGCGCUACCAUUUUCAUUUCGUUGGACGAGAUCUUUCACAUUGAUACUUCAAGCAUACGACGACUUCAACUACACUGACCCCGAGGCGGGUCUGAUCGAGGAGGCGUGGUGGUCGGGCAUCGUGGAGCCGGGCGCGGAGUGGCACGCGCUGCGGCACGCGGGCGCCGCCGCCGCACUCGCCUACCGCGUGCGAGUGCUCUGCCAGGAGAACUACUACAACACCACCUGCACCACCUUCUGCCGGCCCAGGGACGACAAGUUCGGACACUACUCCUGCACCGGCGACGGUGACAAGCAGUGUCUGCCCGGCUGGCAGGGCGACAACUGUGAGAAACCCGUGUGCAAGGAAGGCUGCCACCCGACACACGGCCGCUGUGACCGGCCAGGGGAUUGCGAUUGCCGGCCGGGCUGGCGCGGCGAGCUGUGCGCGCAGUGCCAGCCGUACCCGGGCUGCAAGCACGGCUACUGCAACGGUUCUUCCUGGGACUGCACCUGCGACACCAACUGGGGCGGCAUCCUCUGCGAUCAAGAUCUCAAUUACUGCGGUACACACGAGCCGUGCCAGCACGGGGGCACGUGCGAGAACACCGCUCCGGACCAGUACUUGUGCACGUGCGCGGAGGGGUUCUCGGGCGUGGACUGCGAGCGCGUGGACAACCCGUGCGCGCCGCAGCCGUGCGCGCACGGCUCGUGCUCGCUGACGUCGGCGCCGCGCGGGUUCGCGUGCGCGUGCGAGCGCGGCUGGGGCGGCGCGCUGUGCGACACCGACCUGGACGACUGCCUCAGCGCGCCCUGCCGCCACGGCGCCACCUGCCGCGACCGCCUCGACCGCUUCGAGUGCGAGUGCGCGCCUGGCUGGGCCGGCCCGACGUGCGAGGAAGAUGUGGACGAGUGCGCAGAAAAAGGAGCACGGGAAGGCUCCUUCGGUCCGUGCGUGAACGCGGCGGCGUGCAACAACACGCUGGGCGGGUAUUCAUGCGCGUGUCUGGCGGGCUGGACCGGCCGAGACUGCGAGGUCAACGUGGACGACUGCGCAGACCAAUGUCUCAACGGAGCCACUUGUAUAGACUUGGUGGACGAUUUCCACUGCGCGUGUGCGGCGGGGUUCGCGGGGCGCACGUGCGCGCGCGACAUCGACGAGUGCGCGCCGCGGCCGUGCCGCAACGGCGGCGAGUGCGUGGACCUGCGCGACGCCUACCGCUGCAUCUGCCCCGUCGGCUUCUCCGGGACCGACUGCGAGGACGACCGCGACCACUGCGCAGGCGCGCCGUGCGCCAACGGCGCAGCGUGCUACACGGCGCAGAGCGACUACUACUGCCACUGCGCGCCGGGCUGGGCCGGACAGAACUGCACGCAGCGCCACACUGCGCCCGCGCACCAACCUCCACGAGGCGAGGACUGCUCGCUGAGCGGAUGCGGCGCGGGCGGGAGCUGCGUCGGCGCACACUGCGUCUGCCGGCCCGGCUGGGGCGGGCUUCUGUGCGACACUGAAAUUAACGAAUGUAUUGCGAAUCCUUGUCGCAACAACGGAACUUGUAUCGACGGCACCGGAGACUUCACGUGCGUGUGUCGAGACGGAUGGACAGGUAAAACGUGUUCAAUUCGCGAAGAACCAAUCGACCGUUGCUCCGACGCCUCGUGCGCUAACGGAGGCACAUGCGUGCGCGAGGGAGACAGCUGGAGAUGCGCAUGCGCCGCGGGGUGGACGGGCGCAGCAUGCGAGGCGGCUGCGUGCGGGUGCGGGCCGGGCGGGGUCUGUGCGGCGGGCGGCUGCGUCUGCCGCGAGGGCUGGACCGGGGCGCGCUGCGAGCGGCCGCUGGGCGGCUGUGCGUCCGCGCCCUGCCGCCACGGGGCGCGCUGCGUGGGCGGGCACGACUGGUGGGCGUGCGAGUGCGCGCCGGGCUGGGCGGGCGACGACUGCAGCGCGCCCGUGUGCGAGCCCGCGUGCCCUGCGCCCGCGCAGUGCGCACGCGACGCGGGCGCGCGCGGCCGCUGCGUGUGCCCGGCGCCGUCCGACCGCGCCGCCAGGCGCUGCCUCGAACAGCUGGCAGGUCUGGGAUCGGGCUGGGAGACGUGGGCGGAGCGCGCGGCGCCGGGCGCGUGCGGCGCCGACAACGGCACGUGGUGGUGGGGGUGCAACGCGUGCUGGUGCGGGGGCGGCGUGCCCGCGUGCACGCGGCUGUGGUGCGGGCUGCCCGACUGCCUCGCGCCCAACGCCAUGCCCUGCCGCACCGACGAGCAGGUAUGCGUGCCAGCGGCGCCGACGCUGUGCCUGAGGCCGCCGUGUGCGCCGCUGGGCGAGUGCCGGCGCGUGUCGGGGCGGCGCGUGGAGCCGCCCGCGCUGCCCGCGCCGGCCGCGUGCUGGCCGGGCGCGCGCGCGCCCGCGCCCGCCGGCUGCGCGCGCGCGCAGCUGCAGCUAGCGCGCGAGCGUCUAGCGCGCGGCGCGCACGUGGAGCGCGCGUGCGGCGCGCUGCGGCGCGCGCUGGCGGCCGCGCUCGCCGCGCGCGCUCCGCCCGCGCCGCCGCUCGUGCUGCUCUGUGAUCUCGCUCCGGACGAUGACGACGCCCUAGAUCUCGCUAUUUGGGUCGGCGACGAGGAUGGCGCGGAUGGCGACGCGUCGGGCUCGGCACACGCGCUGGGCGCGGCCGUGCGCGCGCUCAGCGAGCUGGUGGCGCGGCGGCGGCUGGCGGCGCACGCGCUGCUGGGCGCCGCCCUGCGCCUGCGCGUGCCCCACGUGCCGCCGCCCGCGCCCGCGCCCGCCGCGCAGGCCGCCGCGCCCGCCGCGCUGCUGGCGCUGGGCGCGGGCGUGGCAUUGCUGCUGCUGGCGGCGGUGGGCGGCGCCGCGCUGCUGCUGCGCCGGCGCCGCGCCGCCGCCGAUCGCUCGCGCCGCUGCGACGAGGAGAAGUCUAACAACCUGCAGAACGAGGAGAACCUGCGGCGCUACGCCAACCCGCUGCGCGAGGACGAGCUGCCGCGCGCGCACUCGCUGUACAAGGCGCAGAACGCGGACGCGCGCAACGACACGCCGCCGCGCGACAAGGAGCUGACCAAGCGCGCGCUGCCGCCGCCUGAGCCGCCCGAGCGCCUCACUGUGCUCGUCUGAUUGUUUGUACUUACUCUGAUCUCCCAUUCGCCGCCGCGUCCUAGUUUCUCGCCGCUAUUUAUUAUGUUAGAAUGAAGUCGCGUUUGUAAAUAUGUAUUUUUGUAAAUAAUGUUGAGAGUGCAGUUUUGUAUGUUUUAUAGAAUGGUUAAAAAAUGAACAAGUGAUUAUUUUGUAAAGGUUGUAAAGUUGAAUAGAUGUGAUCGUUGUAAUAAAAUUAUGAAAAAAUUA